UGCUGGCGCUGCUGCUCUCUGAAAGAUGGACUUCUGUUCACUGUGGGUCGCUUCUACAGACUGCCGCCGGUUGUAGCGCGUCGAGCCGGGCUCAGAGAGCUGCCGGAGCUCAGCAUGCUGCUUCUCCAGCUGCCAGAGGACGUCCUCUAUCACAUCGCGUCUUAUUUGGACCACAGAUCUCUCUGUCGGCUUUCUCAAGCUUGUAAGAGCACGCACCGCUUUGUGAGCCGGGACGCGGUGUGGAGGAAGAUUGCUAAAGAGUUUUUAAACACUGGAAUCACUCGGGAUGGGACAGACAUAUAUCCUCAUGUCCCACUGAAGGAGCGAGUGAAGAUAGCUCAAAACUGGUUCAAUGGGGUCUGCAAAAGGGCGAGUCCUCUCAAAUGGAAAACCAAACUGUUGCCGUGGUUGCAGCUGGAUGGGGAUAUACUGUUUCUGUCUCAGGCUGCUAAUAUUGGGGCGUACCACCUGCAUCAAGGCUCCAGGAGGCUCCUGCGUAGCCCAUUUGAAAUCUACUCUGGCCAUAAGGGUGAUGUCUGUCGCUUUGCUCUCACAGACUCUAACCUGAUCAGUGGUGGAAGUGAUGGCAAGAUCCUGGUCCACAGCAGGAGAAAUCACGUGUCUCUAGAGUUAUUAGGUCAUAACCAGGAGGUUAACUGCCUAGACUCUAAAGAUGGACUCAUUGUCAGUGGAUCAAGAGAUCGAACAGCCCGGAUUUGGACUUUGACUUCCAGGUCCCCCAGAGAUACAAUUCCCAUGUAUGACAGAGUGUGGUCUGUUGCUAUUAGUCCCACAUUGAGUUCCUUUGCAACAGGCACAGCAUGCUGUGAGAACUUCUCCCCUCUUCGCAUCUGGAAUGUUGAACGGUCAGCGUGUGUGUGCACUCUUGGCUCAGAGUUUCGUCGCGGUGCUGGUGUGUUGGACAUAUUGUUUGAGUCUCCAUUUCAGCUCUUUACCUGCGGCUAUGACACUUUCAUUCGAUUGUGGGACCUCCGACUCAGCCCACGGUCCUGUGUGAUGGAGUGGGAGGAGCCCCAUGACAGCACUCUGUACUGCAUCCAGACGGACGGAAAUCACAUGAUAGCCAGCGGUUCUUCAUAUUACGGUGUUGUACGUCUUUGGGACAAACGGCAGACUAAAUGCCUACAGUUCUUCCAACUGACCUCUGACCUUGUGAGCAGCCCAGUGUAUUGCCUGAGGUUCAGCAGUUCUCACCUGUAUGCAGCGCUGGCCACUGCCUUGCACUCACUGGACUUCAAGCAGAGCCCCAUCUACAUCAGAUGAUACCCACACAAACACUUCUGAAAUAUAUCAAUUCAAUAAAGACAUCUGUUUUCACAGUAAA